CGCAACCAAUAAAUAUUAAAUAAACCUCACAAGUCACAUCAAAAAAGGUUAUGUUACACGUCAUCCAGGAAUAUAAAAAAUAAUUGUUUAUAUAUACUUUUAAAAACUGGCAAUAUCAAACUAUUUCCCUAUACAAUAAGACAUUUGUUCACAAAAGACAUAAAGAAACAUGUCUAAGAUACAGGACUCCGUUGACGAACUAUUUGAAGUUAAAAAUUACUUCUACAUUGGAAACUAUCAACAGUGCAUCAAUGAGGCUCAAAAACUUCGAAAGCCUUCAACACCUGAAGUGGCCGUUCAGCGCGACAUAUUUACAUACAGAUCCUAUGUAGCCCAAAGCAAGUUCCUGGUUGUCGUCGAUGAAAUACAUGGAGCAUCCCCUCCGGAAAUUCAACCGUUGAGGCUGUUGGCCAAUUACAUGUCUGCCAAGUUGAAGAAAGAGAAAUACGACCAGAUUCUGGCUCAGUUAGAGCAGCAGUUGGCGAACAGCAGCAGUGGUGUUGUGAAUGACACGUUGAUUUUGGUUGCCAGCACGGUAUAUUGCAACGAGGAUAAUAUGGAAGCAGCCUAUAGAGUGCUACACUUAUCAGAUAGUCUUGAAUGUAUGUCAUUUUUGGUUGAUAUCCUCCUAAAGCUGAAUAGAGUUGAUUUGGCAAGGAAGAAGUUGAAAGAAAUGCAAGAUAAAGAUGAUGAUGCUAUAUUAACGCAGCUUGCCCAAGCCUGGAUUAAUAUUUCUGUUGGAGGUGAGAAACUGCAAGAUGCUUAUUAUAUCUACCAAGAAUUGGUAGACAAGUAUGGAUCUACUCCACUUUUGUUGAAUGGUCAAGCUGUAACUUUUAUGGGACAAGGCAAAUAUGAAGAGGCAGAGGCAGCACUUCAAGAAGCUAUUGACAAGGAUGCAAAGUAUCCUGACACAUUGGUGAAUAUGAUUUGGUUAAAUAGGCACCUUGGCAAAUCAGAGAUUGCUAACAGAUAUCUUUCUCAACUGAGGGACACUCACUCUGAACAUCCCUAUAUAAAAGAAUUGGAUCAAAAACUGGAUGAAUUCCGCCAUAUAUGUAAACAGUACCUCCCAUCUAGGCAAACUAUUGAGGAAUAAGGCUUAAAAUAUAUUAGGUAUACUAAAUUAUAUAACAGAUUGUCAUAUGGAAUAGUGAUUAAAGACAUAUGGUUAUAAUUCUUUUUUCAUUUUAUAUAAACAUUUUUACAUAUUAAUAUAUCAUAGAUAAACGUUAAGUUGUUCAAAAAGUUUGUCAUUGUGGAUAUAAUAAAGAUGUUAUAAAACA